AACCUGAACCCCAUCGCGCAGCCGCUCGCGUCGCGCAAGCUCACGCGCAAGCUGUACAAGUGCAUCAAGAAAGCCGCGAAGCACAAGCAGAUCCGGCGCGGGGUGAAGGAGGUGCAGAAGUUCAUCAACAAGGGCGAGAAGGGGAUUGUGGUCUUGGCUGGAGACACGCUGCCCAUUGAAGUGUACUGCCACAUCCCCGUGAUGUGUGAAGACAGGAGCCUGCCCUAUGCUUACAUCCCCUCCAAGACGGAUCUGGGAACAGCUGCAGGCUCCAAGCGUCCGACCUGCGUGAUCAUGAUCAAGCCCAACGAGGAGUAUGCAGAGGCUUACGGAGAGUGUCUGGAGGAGGUGACGGCCCUCCCUGUGCCCUUGUGACAUGGGGCACCCACUGCCCAGAGACUCGGGCUGCUGCCUGCCUUUACCUCCACAGCUCUCCGUAAAACCGCCCAUUUGGGCAUUUUUAAAGGAAGUUGUCGGCCUGCCCUGCAUCGCCAGCCGGGGCGUGGGCCUUCUUCAGAAACCAGCACGGUGCAGUGGUGGGCCCGGCCCUGCUGCGGGGGUGCGCUGUGCUGGGCGCUGCCGCUUCUCAAUAAAUGAAUUUUGUACGGUUUUAAA